CUUACGGAAUCACGCGGCGCGUCAGGUAAAUCCGUUGCGACUUGGCACCAUGUUGUCUGUGGUGAAACCUGCGCGGCGGCUGGUCCCGCGCGUCUCUCGCCUCACGCGGUGCCGCAGUGUUCACCGAGGGCACGCUGCGCAAAGUGGUAGUCUGGAGAGGGUGGUCUCCGCAUUCAGGUCUGUGUGUGGUGAGGAUGGUGUCUCGUUGGGGGAGUCUGUCAGAGAACAACAUGGCAAAGAUGAGUCUGUGCACAGAUGUCGUCCGCCAGAUGUGGUGGUGUUUCCUCGUUCUGUGGAGCAGGUCAGCGCCCUGGCCAAGAUCUGCCAACAACAUCACCUUCCCGUAAUACCCUUUGGCACUGGAACAGGCCUGGAAGGAGGAGUUGGUGCCUUAAAGGGUGGGGUGUGUUUCAGUUUGAGGAACAUGGAUCAGGUGCUGGAUCUCCACCAGGAGGAUUUUGAUGUGACGGUGGAGCCUGGUGUGACACGCAAGGCCCUGAACUCCUAUCUCCGUGACACUGGCCUGUGGUUUCCUGUCGACCCUGGAGCAGAUGCAUCUCUAUGUGGUAUGGCUGCCACCAGCGCAUCUGGCACCAACGCCGUGCGGUAUGGAACCAUGCGGGAGAACGUUAUGAACCUCGAGGUGGUGCUGGCCAACGGAGAUAUCAUUCACACGGCCGGGAAGGGCCGACGCCCCAGAAAGACAUCUGCGGGCUACAACCUGACUAAUCUGUUCGUCGGGUCAGAGGGGACGCUGGGGAUCAUCACCAAGACAACGCUGCGUCUCUACGGCAUCCCAGAAGCCAUGGUGUCUGCCGUCUGUUCCUUCCCCUCUGUCCAGGCUGCUGUGGAUAGCACCGUCCAGGUCCUGCAGGCCGGGGUGCCCAUCGCUCGCAUCGAAUUCUUGGAUGAUGUGAUGAUCGAUGCGUGCAACAGAUUCAACUCUCUGUCCUACCCUGUGGCCCCUACUCUUUUCCUGGAGUUCCACGGCACGGAGAAGGGUCUCGAGGAACAGGUCCGCACAACAGAGGAGAUCACUCAGACUAAUAGUGGUUCAGAUUUCCAGUGGGCCAGGGAUGCAGAAACGCGUGGCAAAUUAUGGAAGGCCCGUCAUGAUGCCUGGUACGCCGCUUUGGCGCUCAGACCUGGCUGCAAGGCCUACUCCACGGACGUGUGUGUUCCUCUCUCUCUUCUGCCUCAGAUGAUAGUGGAGACUAAGGAAGACCUGAUUCAAAACAGACUCACAGGUCCCAUAGCAGGUCAUGUGGGCGAUGGUAACUUCCACUGUCUCAUGGUGUUGGACCCCAAUGACCCGGAUGAAGUCCAGAGAGUCCAUCUCUUCACUGAGAGACUAGCCAGGCGAGCCUUGGCCAUGGACGGCACAUGUACAGGCGAGCAUGGAGUCGGCUUGGGGAAGAAGGCACUGCUUCGUGAGGAGAUGGGUCCCACGAGUAUUGAAGUCAUGCAGAGGCUAAAGGACUCUCUCGACCCUAAGAACCUGAUGAAUCCUGGGAAAGUUCUGUAAAACCUCCUCAGGAACCAGGGAUACAUUUUGCUCUUAGCACAUUCGGGAUGAUGACCGGGCCAGGCCCUCAUUCAUCUGUGCUCUGCUCAGGGCUUGUGGCUUGAUAGGAGGCUAACUCAUGAAUUGAAACAGAUACCACGAAUUGGUAAAAAAAAAAGAAAUAGGAUUUUGUGCGGAGCGUUCUGGAACUUUUGAACCAGAACAUGAUUUGAGGAUAUGCUGUAAGGUGGAAAAAGCACGCUGCACUUUCAUCUAUUGCUUUGAGUCCGUGUGCCGAAAUUGGGAAGCAACGAUAAUAGUUGUUUAUCCUAUCUCAUAUAAUAUUAAGAGAUGAAUUAAUGACUACAAUUUUUUCCGUUAUUGUUAAUUUAUUUUUGAGCUGGUAUUUGUAGAAAAUAAAUCAAUCUCUCCUGAAGUUGUGGAAGUAUA